GCUGGGAUCGAGAUUUAGGGCUCGAAGAUGACAGACUCGUACCACCUUCUUCGCGGGCGGGGCGAUGGCGAUUGGGAUGAGCCGCUGCCCUGCUGUGGAUGCGGUGUUGGAUGGUGCAGCUUCUUGCUGGGUUUCAUCGUGCCGCUCUUCUGGUACUACGGUACCUUCGUCUUCUUCUUCCCUCGAUUCCAGCGAGAUCUUCGGGAGCGCCCCGGAUUCGCAGCCUGUGCAAUCGCAGUAAGAAAAUGCUGGUUUUUCUCUUGGGUCUCUUGGGAUGAAUGUGAUCUUGGCUCAGGCACUCGUCUUCACUGUGGGCCUUGUGAUUCUUGUCAUUGUUCUUGCGACCUCCUAAAGCUAGGUAGAUUCAUAAUACUCCUUGUACUUAGAGAAAACUUUCGGAAGAUGAGCCAGCGCUUUUACUUGUAUUCUUUACUCGUACCCUUUCACUUUCUUAAAUUUGACGCCACAACGAUGGAUUUACUACGCGCGUCACUGGGAAUCCAACAAACAUUCGUUUUGUUUCUUAAAUCUUUGUGACAACACUGCCUUAA